AUGGGUAAUCCAAAGCUAUAUACGGCGAUAAAGAAAGCAUCAUUUUCGAAGUCACCGGCCAGCAACUUCCAGCGCAAUGUGGUGUACGCUCGACCGGAUGCUUCCAGAAGCUAUGUUAGCAAUGUUUAUGUUGCCACACUCCGAGAUGACGAUAUUGCAGACGUCAAAGAAGCCGCGAAGCAAGUUCGAGUCGACAACGACACUGUUGACUGGGACUGUCAGGACUAUGUGCUUGAGCUGCUUGAUAAGUUGGAAGACGAGUUCAUCCUAGAAGAGGACGACGAGGACUAUCGCGAGGCUAGGAAGGAAUUGAAGAAGAGAAGGGGAGCAAUUCUCUAA